AUGGAGGAUAGUUUUGAGGAUAAUUUUCUUUCCGAUCCCGGCUUGUACCCCUCACCAACCUGUCGAAAAUGCCACGCAAGGAAAGUCAAGUGUCCAGGCGGCCAGCCUUGCCAGAACUGUGUUCAGUUGGACUGCGAGACCGGUUGCACAUACCCAAAACGCGAUCGGCAAAUCAAAUCAACCAGUUAUAUUGAGGGUUUAGUCCGUGAGGUUGAGCAAUUGAAAGCUCGGAAUCAACGAUCUCCGACUUUGCCCGAGCAAAAUGCUGCAGCUCAGACAAACAGUCCUGUCAUCGACUUUGACCGACAUUCUGAAACUACCGAUGAACCUUCCCAGAACCCGCUACUAGACAAGAAACCAUGGUUCCUACCUAUUAAUACCUCAAAAGUUCCUAUUCUUAUAGGAGAAGUCGCUGAUGCUGUGUUUGCGACCCGUCUUCGCCAACUCAUCACGGGCAAAACUCUAAGUCAUAUCCCUCGUAUCGCAUACCCUGCCCAUGAUCGGAUCUUGGAACUUGCGAAGAUUGAGAUCCCUCACCCUCGAGCGUCCCAUGCUCGAUUUCUUCUUCGCGUUGCUUUGAAAUUUCUAGAGGGAUCAUUCCACAUCGUUCGCAAAAGCCUAGUCUCUGACCUGUUAGAGCAAUUUCUCCGUCUACCCCAGUCACUUGAUUCCCUUUCCACAUGCAAGAUUUUUGCGCUUCUGGCUCUGGGUGAACUUCACUCCAGCCGCUUCCAGAAUCCAGAGACGCAGCUAGCUGGCCUUGCGUACUAUGGUCAUGCUAGCCGAGCUCAUGGCCUGCUCGAGGAACGACCUUGCGUUGAUUCAAUUGAAGUUUCAUUGAUCCUGUGUCUAUAUGCUCUCUGUAUUAAUAGACGUCAUUCCGCCUACUUUUUAGCAAGUUCUGCAGUUCGCCGUGGCGUCGUGAUGGGUCUGCAUUUUGACCUUCCCAAUACCCAUAUGAAUGACCCUGAGCUCAAAGAGCAUCUUAAACGUGUUUGGUGGACAUCCUAUGUGCUGGAUCAUCUGUGUGCAUCUAUCAGUAGCCAGCUGGUAUCCAUCUCGGAUAAAGAUAUCUUUGUCGAUCUCUCAUUGAACCCAAACGUUGCUGGCCAACGGCAAUGUGAUUUUGGACAUUCAGACUGGAUAAUCGCAAGGGCCCACCUAGCAAGACUCACCAGACGAACGAUAAAGUCUGUCUACGGUCGGAGGCAACAAACUGGGUCAUUUUUGCAACGGGUGCAAUAUUCACUCCGAGACCUAAAACAGUGGCUAAAUGAGUUGCCAAAAGACAUCCAGAUGGAUGCGGAAUCAUCACAUCUGAAACCGCAGCCAAUUCAGUCUCUGCACCUCACUUUCAACCAGUCUGUUAUCCUUGCUACCCGGCCCGUUUUACUUCACAAACUGCAAAUGCACAAACAGUCAAAUGGAAAUUCGCCAGUCAGCGCAGAUCCAACUAUUUCAAGCAAUGUUCAAACUCUAGCAGAAGCAUGCAUUAGAUGCGCUCGGCACUCAUAUUCUACUAUCGUCGAAUCCUGGAUCGAAGGAAACUUCGGCAUAUUCGACUAUUUUACAACCCAGUAUCUCUUUUCUGCGGCUACAGUUCUGGCUAUUUCUUGCCUCAUUGGUGGUCCUGGAAGUUUAAAGGACCAUGAGGAUUUUGAUUUCGCUGGUGAACUUCUCCAAAAGCUGCGUGACUCCGGAAGCUUUGCUGCUAUGGAAUUCUUUCGUCACUUUGAAGAGCUCAACGCAGAUAUCGGCUCGUUUUGGUCUGGUCUACAGUGUACGGAAGAAGCGCAAAGCUUUGAGCCCAACAUUACAAGCAACACUACCACCUACCCGAAUCAAAUGGCGCCUUUCCCGCAGCCAGGACAUUUGAUGACAUCAGGUAUGGCUUUGGCAGAGCCUUCAGUUGAAGCAUUUCUCGAAAGCGAACAGAGCUUAGCUCAGUUGGAUGUCUUCUGGGAUCAUGUCGGACGGACAGGACUAUACUGGCCGAUGAGCGAUUUGGUUUGA